UUUUUUCUUAGUUAUCAAAGGUGUAAGUACAAGUUAAAGAUCUGUUUAAUACUUACAGAAAAAUUAAACUAAAGAUUUUAAACUACCUAUCUAUUAGUUGGCGAAGCUAGCUAGGUCUCCAAGAAGAGAGAGCAUUCUGAGAUCCGGAUUGGGAAAGUUGAAUUCAAAAUUAAUUUUAUUACAAGUUCAAGAUGUAUCUCUCAAUUUUUUUGCAAGUUAUUGGAUUAGUAUGUGUGUAUUGUGUACGCCCAAGAAUACAAUAUGGUAGCAGUAAUGAAGCAGAUUGUCAGAAUAUUGAUCCAAAGCAAAACAUGUUUCCAAGAAAUCGACGUGCUGCAAGUAGCUUCAAUGAUCCUAUGUACAGUACUCAAUGGUAUUUGACAAAUGGCGUGAUGAAGAUUAAAGAAGCAUGGGACGAAGGGUACAAUGGAAAAGAUGUUGUCAUUAGUGUGUUAGAUACUGGCCUCGAAAAAACACAUGAUGAAUUUAAGAAACGAUACGAUGCUUCAGCCAGCUAUAACUUUGUCUCCAACACAACAGAUCCCACUCCAGACUACGUGGGUGGAAGUAAGCAUGGCACAAACGUAGCUGGAAUAGUUGCUGGUGAGGCUAACAAUGGGAAAUGUGGUGUAGGCGUAGCAUAUGGUGCUAAAAUUGGAGGUGUUCGAUUCAUUGAUACAUCAGGAGGUUCAGUUGCGCAAGGCAAAGAUUACUCUCAGAAUGCAGCCUUAUCAUUUAACCGAAACCACAUUGAUAUUUACACAUGUGCAUGGGGACCUGAUGAUUCCAUUGGCUCUAAAGUUGGAUACAAUUUGGCUCCAAAAGCAAUGGCUGAUGGUACCAAACAUGGUCGAAAUGGUAAAGGCAGUCUUUUCGUGUUUGGAGCUGGCAACGAAGGAAUUUUCCAAGAUUCUUGUGGUUAUGAUGGUUACAUCACGUCUAUUCACACGUUGGCCAUAAGCGUUGUGAACUCGGAUGGAAAGAAAUCCAAUGUGUCAGAAAGAUGUCCCGCUAUUAUUGGUGUGACGCAAACAAGAGAUGGUGCAAAGGGCGUUCUUAGUAAUGCUGAUCCAAUGGCCACAGCUGAUCUUCAAAAUAAAUGCAGUAAUACCUUUUCUGCAACUUCAGCUGCAGCCGCAGUGGCUUCUGGGAUGUUAGCUUUGGUUUUGCAAGCAAACAAAGACCUUACAUGGCGAGACGUGCAGCACAUCAUUACACGCACAUCAAUUAAUGACCCUACUAAAGUUAUUGAUGUGGACAAUGGAUGGAAGACAAAUGGUGCAGGUUUUAAAGUUAGUGACAGAUUUGGUUUUGGUAUACUUGAUGCGAUGGCGAUGAUUAAACUUGCUAAAAACUGGACAACUGUACGUCCACAAAUUUCCUGCGAACACGAAAAUGCAGCACAUAGGGCAAUUCCAUCAACAGGAAGCUUGACGGACAAGAUAAAGCUUUCAAACACAUGUGGUAUUACAAAGUUGGAACACGUUGUCUUACUUCUCAACUUAACAUUUACACCACGACGCGAUUUGCAGGUCGAGGUGAAAAGUCCGAGCUCUUUGGUGUCGUACAUGCUACUCCCAAGAAAGAUGGACUUUGGGAGUGAGAUUAAGAUGUACUCAACCAUGUCUAUGCAUUACUGGGGAGAAAAUCCAGCUGGAGAAUGGGAGGUUUUGUUCAAGAAUGCAAAUUCUGCAACUAAAAGCAAUGGUACACUCAAGUAUUACAAACUCAUAUUUUAUGGAACUAGCAAUGUUACUGCACCUGCCACGUCUACAGCACCAACCACGCCUACAGUAACCAAUACAACUACUGCAACUACCACACCCACUACAGCUAUUACUGAACCCACCGCAACCACUAUGCCCAGUGCAGCCAUUACUGCACCCACAACGCCCACUGCAACCACCAAGUCUAAAAAAUCAACGCCAACUACCCCCGAAAACUCUGCAGUGUCGUGUAAAGGCGUUUCAUUACUUGCGAUGAUGUUGUUGGUUGUCUCACGUAUUGUUUUCAUGUAAAUGUGUCACGACAAAUGUGUUUCUGUUUUUAUGGUUUUUAAACAUCAACGAAUAUUAAAUGGUUACUUUUUCUAUGCAUGAUUUUAUAUUAAAGGAACCAAAAAGAUUUCUUCCGAAGACUUGAUAAGCAACUUUUUAUUCUCUCUAAUAUAUGUAAAUAUCAUUUUCGUGUCAGGUUUCUUAUCAUUCUAAGGGUUCUUUGUUGCUUUGCUGGAAUAAAGUUCGCCUCAUCCUCAUGUAAUAGUGGAUUGUUUAACAACUUUUUCCUCAAAACUCCCUUAAUUUUAAUUCCACAACAUCUGGCAUUCUUUUGUUUUUAAAAUCCUACAUGGGCACGUUGUUCUCUCUUCUAAAUUCUCAAAAAAGGAUGAAAAUUCCUGUCAUAAGCCUUGAAAUCUCCUAAAAUUUGACUUCGUAAGAAGAGGGAAUACCCUGUAUUUUUUGUUUAGCCUUAGUAUGUGUAUUUUUUACUGGUAGUUUUAGCAGUAAUAUACAUAUACAUCGAGCGAAUAAUAAUGUCCACCUCGUUACCAGGGCAUUUUGCGUUGUUGAUGAAGUUGAAAGCGGCUGUAAUAACGGCUCAGGGGCCACACCCUGGGGACGAGGUUGAAUACAUGUAAUUUAUAAGAACUCAUUGUGUGUAUAUACAUAAAUGUACCCUUUUAUUUAUAUUUUCUAAAGUAAUUUAUUCCUGAUUUUUAAUGCACAUAAUUUAUACUUGUCUUUCAUUUUUGUGUUUUACUUUCCGGUAUGUUCUCUUUUAAAAUUACCAACAAGGUAAGGGUUGUUAGCAAUGCCAAAAAAAUUAAAUUAAAUUUUUCAUAGGCUUUUACAAAUCGCGUUUUCCCCUCAUAAGACUGUUAUCAUAAAAGGUAGAUUUAUAAGAAGAGUUAAAAAUCAUAAUAUAGUUCCUAUGGUUUUUUUUCGAUUUUGGAUUAUUUUCCCUCCUGCGUUAAUGAAUUGAUCAACAGAUUCAGAUGUGUGUUUUCAAGGAAGUGCAUUACAUUUAGCGGCAAAAAAGGUCUGUAAAAAUGUUUAUUUGGUAAAAAUAUUAGUCACUUGCACAAAA